AUGAGUAUCGAGACAGCCGCGCUUUUGACUGUCUCACUCCUGGCGAGGAUUGGAUUUUUUCUUUACGGCGUUUAUCAAGACAAACACUUCAGUGUAAAAUACACUGAUGUAGAUUACUUUGUGUUUAACGACGCAGCCGAAUAUGUGUUUCAUGGAAUGUCACCUUUUCUGCGUGACACAUAUCGGUAUACGCCCUUGCUUAGUUGGAUACUGGUUCCCAAUCAUUAUAUAGAGUGGGUUCACUUUGGGAAAAUGCUCUUUGUGAUAUUCGAUCUUUUGACAGGUAUCAUCAUCCUUAAACUAUUGAACGAAAUCAACGCACGCAAACGGCUCGUUCUUAGUAGCCUGUGGCUAUUAAACCCAAUGGUUAUUACUAUAAGUACAAGAGGAAAUGCAGAAAGUGUGCUUUGCUUUUUGAUUAUGCUGUCUUUAUAUUGCUUGCACUCUGAUCGGUUCUUAAUGGCUGGGAUCAUCUACGGAUUGUCAAUUCACUUCAAAAUAUAUCCAAUAAUAUACUGUCUGCCUAUUUCCAUGUACAUUUUCUAUCAGAAAAAGCAGUGGGUUAAAACGUUACUCAUAGUCGGUUGUUCGAGUCUUUUCACAGUCUUACUGUCCAGCUAUUUGAUGUACAAAAUAUACGGAUUCGAAUAUCUAGAGCAUGCUUACAUCUACCAUAUCCAAAGGACUGAUCACAGGCACAAUUUCUCACUGUGGAACAUGCUACUCUAUUUUGACGCUGCAUCACCAACGCCAAGCCAAUUGGCGAAAUUUGCAUUUCUACCACAGAUGUUAGUAACAAUGGUAGUCUCAGUUCUUCUCUGUUCAAAUUCCAGUUUCAAUGACUUCAUUUCAAUACUGUUUCUUCAAACAUUUUCAUUUGUCACCUAUAACAAGGUUUGUACAUCCCAGUAUUUUAUUUGGUACUUGAUAUUUCUGCCGUUUUAUUUGGCUAAAACAAAGCUCUCGUUGAGAAAGGGAAUUUUAAUGCUGUCAAUAUGGAUUCUCACACAAGCGCUUUGGCUAUCCCAAGGUUACCUCUUAGAAUUUAAGGGACAGAACGUGUUCUUCCCUGGUAUAUUUGGAAGCAGUGUACUCUUCUUUCUUGGAAAUAUCUGGAUUCUCGGUCAGUUCAUCAGUGACAUUAAGCAUAGAAGUUAUGCUUUAGAUGAUAAGAAAACUAAAUAG